UGCCGGUGUGAGCCCGGGCAGGCGGGCGGAUCUACGGCUCUGUUGUGUCUCUGUUCCCGGUCAGAGUCCCGGGCCGUGCCGGUACCGGCGGGUGAAAAUGCGGACUCUGGUGCUGCUAUUUCUCUGGCUGAGCCUCCGCACGUGCAGAGCGCCCCCGGGCCGGGGCUCUGCGGGCCGUGCCAGCCGGACCGGUGCCCGCUGCUCCGCGGCUGCCGGGCCGGGCUGGUGCCGGGCUCCUGCGGCUGCUGCCUGGAGUGCGGGAACCUAGAGGGCCAGGCCUGCGACCCCGGGAACCGGAGCGUGUUCUACGGGCUGUGUGGGACCGGACUGCGGUGUCAGGCGGGAGGAGGAGGAGAGGAUGAAGAGGAGGAGGAGUGCGUGUGUGAGGAGCAGGAGCCGGUGUGCGGCUCUGACGGGAGAACAUACAUGAACAUGUGUCAGCUGAGGGAGGCCGCCUUCUCGACACCCGAGCUCCACACCGCGGGGAGGGGCCCUUGCAGGACAGUGCCGGUCAUUAAGGUGCCUCCUCACAGUCAGGUGAACGGGACGGGCAGCAGUCUCAUCUUUCUCUGUGAAGUGUUUGCGUUUCCGAUGGCGUUGGUCGAGUGGACGAAGGAGGGACGAGACGUCGUCCUGCCCGGAGACGAUCCCCACAUCUCCGUCCAGUCUCGCGGCGGUCCUCUGAAGUUCGAGCUCUCCAGCUGGCUGCAGAUUGAGGGGGCGGAGCCGGGGGACUCUGGGACCUAUCGCUGCACAGCUCGUAACAACCUGGGGACGGUCUGGGCCUCGGCUGUACUGGGAGUACUGGGAGCAGAGGAGCUGUCGUCCUACCUGGCUAACAGUGGCAGGAAGCAGCCGAUGGACAUCGCAGACUAUGACCAGGACAUCUACUGAGCUUCAUGAUGUCACCUCCUCUGUACAGACACAUCUCUGAUUUUUCUUCUUCUCUGUGUAUGCGAACGUUACUCUGACAUCACACGGGGCAGUGACACGGACACUUGGCGUGCUGGGCGUUUGAGCCCGCGUCUCCUGUCAGAUCUGUUGUGUGAAACUUUUUUUAAAAUUAUAAAUAAAGGUUUACAAACUGACCUCUGGCCUCUAACAGACCUUCACAUUUUCACUCAUAGCACUGAGGUUAUACACAGUUUUUCCUCCUUCCAGUGUAUGUCUGGGCAAGCAGGGCGGGCAGUGCUUGCCUAGUUAACUCUAAAAAGGGGCAUUUCAGUUUGGGCUAGUACCAUUUUGGGUUCUUGCAACCUCAAAUGAAUUUAUUUGGGCAAGAGAGGGAGUUAUCAACUCCUGCUAGCUAGCUUGGUUAGACACAGAUACCUGUUAAUCAGUGCUCAGUAACAUCCAAUCAGAAUCCCUGAAUUUCUCUCACCUAAACUCUAGCUCAGUCUGUUAGUCCAGUAACCUCGCAGCAGACAUAUUGUUGGUCAGAUGAUGUCAUCAAAAAGGCUCCAGCACCACAAACACAGUGAAGAUGUCCAGUUCAGAUGAAGCCUAGCAGACAGCUAGCAGCUACAGCCACCUGUGUCACCACCAUCAGUCAAAGA